GAGAGAGAGGAGAGGAACUCGCGAGAACGGAGGAGAGAAACGCAAAAAGAGCGGCGGAGAAGUCGACGAGUCGUCCGCGAAACACGGUGCGUGCGCGCGUAUACCGUCGAACAAGUUCCUCCUCGCGGAAGGAUUCACGCAGCAGCGUGUAAGUGUACAUACGUACGCCGCUUCGGCGCUCGUGACGUGUUCGCGAGGUAUCGCGAGUUAUCGGAGCGAGCAGCGGCCGCGACAGAGUCGACGGCGUACUACAGACGUGUAACGAACGUCGCGCAACGUCGUGCUCCGCGCGCGACACGACCGGCACGCACACGCCGCGAGAAGCGCGAGAGCGAUAACACGCCAGCCACCCUCGCGCGCGGCUGCCUUUAACGGGGCGUGGGUGCACCACACCGCGCUGCACCGCACCGCACCGUACCGCACCGCACCGCACCGCACCGCACUACACCGUAUCGCACCGACGGUGGUGCGGCGAGACGGCGGGCGGUGCGCGUAAUUCAAAAGGUGCGCGCGACUGCCGCGGCGAGAACAUGACAGACGACACGGAGUGCGCGAAUUCGAGGCGGCAUCGCGUCGCGGGUGAAGGGACGAUAAUAUAAAUGCAGUAAAGCACAAGGGAGAAGAAGACGGAACGAAGGGGGAAGGGGAGAGAGAGAGAGAGAGAGAGAGAGAGAGAGAGAAGAGAGAGAGGCAACAACUUGCGACGGAAAGUCCAUCGAACUUGCAACGGAAGCCCUGCAAAGUCACGGCGAAGUCACAUCGGUGUCGUUCGCGAAACAUUGCGAGCGAGAGCCGUAUCCGAGUAACCGAUGACUGUACUCUUCGACCGUUAUCGCUGAAGACUGGACAUCCUGUGUGAUUAUUCACAAUUCUAACAAUUGAGAGACAGCAGAAGAUAUCAUUCGUUCAGAACAUUCGUGGUUGCGAUAAUCGGAAGCUUAAGAGAAGAAAAUCAUCGAUACGAAGGUGGUCAUAUAUUCGCAACCAUUCUACGAUCGGAAGACCUUUCUCGAGAAAUCAUCCGUGAUCCCAAUAAUACCCUUCGAAGGAUCUCGAAUCCCGGUAUCGAUCCAGGUGGUGGUGUGGCGCGGGGACUUUAGGGUAGGCUUUCGUCGUCACGGAGAAACUAUAUUCGCGUUACAGAGGGAUUAUUUACGUUCGUCUGUAUCCUAACUAAAACAAGUUUUAUCCUCGUUAUCGGCACGUCGAGACCCGAAUACAAAAGUAACGCGUGCGACGUCGCGACGCCGGCCGACGGCAAAUCACUUCCGGUGAAACCGACAACGCGAUCACAGCCAGGAUGCAGGUGGCAACGCUGUUCAGGGAGAGCGCUACCCUGCUGGGUGCAUCCAGCCUGGACCCCCCGCAGACUCACCAUCAUCAGGGUGUGCACCAGCCGCAGCAGCCGCAGCAGCAACAGCAGCAACACCAGCAGAUGCAGCAGCAGCAGCAACACGCCACCGACAUACACCUAGUCGGCCAUCACAUGCAGCACCACUAUAAGAUGCAACAAAAGAUACUCGGCGAGAAUAUUGAGAUAAGAAUUCCUAAUCAAGGGGCCUCAAGCAUAUCGCUUCGAAUUAUCUGGUUAAAUUUACGCAAAUAACAUAUUUCUGGAGUUUAACACUUUCUGGGACAUCCGACAUGCUAGCCGCUCACUUGAAAAAUGGCAAGACCUCUGAAUCUUGUUCAAGAGCGAACAAUCAGAUCCUGAACCUGUGUAUUAUGCAAAUUCAAUAAGUCUUAAAAUCGAAAAAAUUUACAACAUAUCCGAAAUAAACAGCGCGUCGAAGACGCGCGAGUGAAGGUCCCACCGACGAACUUGAGACCGGCUUGUGACUGUACGGGAACAUACAUUUUUUCCGAUAGCGUCUCCGAUGCGCUAAACAGACUGAUAAGCAUGCAAAGCCGACGGUAUCGCGACCAAGGGUCAUUUCUUUCCGAGACGUCGAUGAGUCAGUCGCGAAGGCAGAAAUAACGUCGCAGCACGGGUAACGUCGCACGAGCAAAAAAGAAAGAGCACGAUAAUCGCCGAGCCGAGAGCGUACGUUCGCGUUCCGCUCCAAUUUUGAAAUACGGGGACGAUCUAUCAUCCUUGAAAAUUGGAGUAAAAGCUCCGUCUUUUUUUUUUAGUCCGCCAGUAUUUGCAACGUUUCCGUCGGCGCGAUACAUUAAAACAAGCUAUCGAACGCAUGAUAAAUCGGAGUUUUACAUCGCCAUCCUAGUAAUACCCAUGUCUAUGUCUGUAUGAUGCGAAAGAGGACACGCUUCGAUAAUACAUAGUGCGAAUGCGUUAUACAUCAGGAUAUCUCUAAAUGAAUGGGAGUUUGAACGAGUGAUUAAAGAAGAAAUUCACUGUCCUUAAAUGACAUACGAGCUACGGAUAAUGAGAUUGUACAUCGAUAGCAAUUGGCGCAUCUAAUGAACGAUUGAAAAUAAAUUUGUUUUAAAACACUAUUCGAGCUUUUUAUGUUUUAAUCCUUCCUCAGGCAAUGACUUUCAACUAGAAAUUACUAAUUGCUCCUUCCAAUUUAUUCCUCCAACUUGUACUUCUUCUUACGAAGAUGUAUAAACGAAUACUCCUCUUCUGUCCUUUUCUCUCUCCAGAA